UGGACGUCAGUGCUCAGUGGGCGUAUCAGGAAGCAGAUGUUUUGCAACAUCGGUACUAUAAGAUUAUACACUGUGCAACAUUUCUUUAACAUUCGUUCAGCCGGUGCAGUCUGUGUACAUACAUCGUAGAAAAUGGCAAACGUCGACCUUGUUCAAGUUGGAAAGAACUUGUUGAAGAGCGGUGAAACUGGAGAGAAUGUAGAGCUCCAGUCUCUGUGGAAGGACCAGCCGGUGGUCUUGUUCUUCCUGCGCAGGUUUGGCUGUCAGGUGUGUCGGUGGAUGGCAACAGAGAUCAGUAAACUGGAGCCGGACCUGAGAGCCAGCGGUGUAGCGCUGGUUGGGGUCGGACCAGAGGAGUUUGGGCUGAAGGAGUUCAAGGAAGGAGGGUUUUUCAAAGGAUCAAUUUAUGUUGAUGUACAAAAGAAAAGCUACAAGGAUUUGGGCUUCAAAAGAUACACUGCCCUAAGUGUGGUACCUGCUGCUUUAGGGAAGAAAGUGCGAGAUGCAGCCUCAAAGGCCAACUCUGAAGGCAUCCAGGGAAACUUCUCAGGAGAUCUGCUCCAGAGUGGAGGCAUGCUCAUUGUGGCCAAAGGUGGAGAAAAGGUUCUAGUGCACUUUAUCCAGGAUUCACCAGGAGCCCACCUUCCUCUGGAGGAUAUUGUCAAGGCUUUGGAGAUCUCAGCCAAUGCAAAAGCAGGACAGAGGCCAGUGUGCAAUGAUGAUGUUUGUACACUAUGAUGACGGAGCUGCCCAUCGUACCCGAUGAGGACAUCAGGAAGCCACAAUGGAGAUUUUUGAAGUCAUCAAAAUGCUCCCAAUAUUCCUAAUUGCUUGAAAUUCCUUUGUCACAGUUACAAAAUAUAUGAUUGUAUUAUCUACAGUAACAGUGACUUUUCUUUUUAUAAUUAUUACAUUUUAAUUGUAAUUGUUUAAAUUCUGAAGGUAUUUAUGAAUUUGAAUGUAUUACACUCACUUUAUAAAAUAAAUAAAUCAUUUAUAUGUAUCUAAUUAUAAUAAAAAGUUUCAAAUUAAAA